ACAGUCAUGUGGAGCUUUGCUAUGAAAGGACAUCUGAACAGAUAUUCAGCUCAAGACCUUAUUUACUGUAAACAGUUGUAGUCAGUGCAUGAUAACAGAGAGACAUUUUAUUGUUAUGAUUGUUCAAUGCCUUGUUGCUUUUGAACCUGUUCGAGGACAGUGCGAUGACGUUUCACCAACCCGGAAAUAGCAGUUAGACAGCUAAGAGAGAGAGAGAGAGAGACAGAGAGAGAAGUAAAUCACUCUUCCCGGAUCCCAGGCGUCGGAAGUGGACUUCUAAACAUUUCUACUCCGUUUAUAGUGUGAGUUGCAGUGCAGGACUGCGGCCUUGGCCAAGUGCCUGGGUGGCUUUUCCUCCUCUCACCUUCCUCUGCUCAUCUGCUGGUGCCUGUCAUGGGGAACCUUCUAAAAGUUUUGACGUGCACAGACCUUGAUGAAGAGCCCAACUUCUUCCUCGAUUUUGAAAAUGCACAGCCCACGGAUGCAGAGCGAGAGACGUGGAAUCAAGUGGAUGUGGUCCUAAAGGAUGCCCGAGCAGUUCUCGAUGAACUUCAGGCCUAUAACGGAGCUGUGAAAGAGAUAAGAGAGGCAAUCCAGAACCCCAGUGAUGAGGCAUUGCAGGACCAGGCUUGGGCUGCGGUCGUGCCCCUUGUGGGCAAACUCAAAAAGUUCUACGAGUUCUCUCAGAGAUUAGAGGCAGCACUGCACAGCCUGUUAAGAGCCCUGACCAACGAGACAUACAGUGAUGCCACACAGCACCUGGAGCGAGAGCAGGCCCUUGCGAAGCAGUUUGCUGAGAUCCUGCAUUUCACACUUCGCUUUGAUGAGCUAAAGAUGACAAAUCCUGCCAUCCAGAACGACUUCAGUUACUACAGGAGGACUCUGAAUCGCAUGAAAAUUAAUAAUGUCCCAGCAGAAAGAGAAAAUGAGGUCAACAACGAGCUAGCCAAUAGAAUAUCUCUAUUUUAUGCAGAUGCCACGCCCAUGCUGAAGACUUUGAGUGAUAGCACGACAAAGUUUGUAUCUGAGAACAAGAACUUGCCUAUUGAGAACACGACAGAUGUGUUGAGCACCAUGGCAAGUGUGUGUAAAGUUAUGCUAGAGACACCUGAGUACCGUAGCCGUUUCAGCAGUGAGGGCACCGUGUCAUUCUGUUUGCGUGUCAUGGUGGGUGUCAUCAUCCUCUAUGACUAUGUCCAUCCUGUCGGUGCUUUCGCCAAGUCCUCCAAAAUAGAUAUGAAAGGAUGCAUUAAAGUUCUCAGAGAUCAACCUCCAAACAGCGUGGAAGGCUUAUUAAAUGCUCUCAGGUACACGACAAAGCAUCUGAAUGAUGAAUCAACUGCUAAGACCAUUAAAAGCAUGUUGCAGUAAGCUGCAUCUCGGGGAUACACACCACUGGCCUCAUACAAGUGUUCAGGGGACACACUCACUCCCCGGCAACAGCAAUGCACAGAAUGUUUUUUUUUUUUUUCUUUCCUUCUAAAGUCAAAAUCAGACAUACCAUUUGGACUUUUUUUCUUCUUUUUUUAAUUGCAUGCUAUUGGAAUUUGGUGUUUUUUGUGCCAAAUCACUUCUUGCUGAAAUCUUGGUUUUAAUACAUACAGCCAUAUAAAUGAUGGCAGCUGCAUUUUAGGUAAAAAAAUAAAGAAAUAAAUUAUUUUUCUGAUUAUUAGGUUAAUUUUGCUUGUUUCCCUAUAAAAGGGAGGGAGAGAGUUUUUGACUUGAAAAUAAAAAAAGUAUAUUGACAGAGAAAUAUAAAUAUAUAUUUUAUUUAGUUUGAAUUAAUAUUUAAUAUCAUGCCCUCUGCAUGAUAUAAUGUAUUUAAGAAACAAACAAACAACAAAAACCUGGCAUUUCAAAAUUGUCUGAGUGCUUGGUUGUGUGCAAGUUUCAGAAAAGUGAAUUAAAUUAUCUUUUAAUAUUAAAAUGGUACUAGUCAAAACUGAGGUCUUCAGAUGGUAGUAAAUGUUUAAAUUUUAUAUUUUUUUUAUAGGUUUUGAUUUUUUUUUCCAUAGAUGUGAUUGUUUUUCUUUUUUGAAAAUCAGCUUCAAUAUUUCUGGUGAAUUAAAAGUGAGUUUUUGAUGUAUGAUGAUAUGAA